GAGAUGCUGGUUAGUAUUCAAAAAAGCUUCAAGCAAAGGGCCAAAGAGGCUGGAGAAAUUCUCAGAUGAACGAGCUGCUUACUUCAGAUGCUAUCACAAGGUCACAGAGCUCAAUAAUGUGAAGAAUAUAUCACGGAUGCCAAAAAGCACGAAGAAGCAUGCUGUUGGGAUCUAUUUUAACGAUGACACUUCUAAAACUUUUGCUUGUGAGUCAGACUUUCUGGGCAUUUAUACAGAACUUGAGGCAGAUGAGUGGUGCAAGGUAUUGCAGAUGGAGUGCCUUGGGACAAGAAUUAAUGACAUUAGCCUUGGAGAGCCUGACUUGUUGGCAUCGGGAGUGGAGAGGGAGCAGAAUGAGAGAUUCAAUGUGUAUUUGAUGCCAUCCCCUAACUUAGAUGUGCAUGGGGAAUGUACCUUGCAGAUAACAUUUGAGAAUAUCUGUCUUUGGGACAUCCAGAAUCCCAGAGUCAAACUCAUCUCUUGGCCAUUAAGUGCCCUCCGACGCUACGGGCGGGACCCUUCUUGGUUCACCUUUGAAGCAGGGAGGAUGUGCGACACAGGAGAAGGACUGUUCAUCUUUCAGACGCGAGAUGGGGAAGCAAUCUAUCAGAAGGUUCACUCGGCUGCUCUGGCCAUAGCAGAACAACACGAGCGCCUGUUACAGAGCGUGAAAAAUUCAAUGCUUCAGAUGAAGAUGAGCGAGCGAGCCGUGUCCCUCAGCACCAUGGUGCCCCUGCCCCGCAGUGCCUACUGGCAGCACAUCACGCGGCAGCACAGCACCGGCCAGCUCUACGGCCUGCAAGAUGUUUCAAGCCCUAUGAAGCUCCAUCGGACAGACACGUUUCCAGUCUACAGAUCAGACCAUCGAUAAAGGGCUGCCAAGAACUUUACAAACUCUUUGUCUUCUGAUGAGCUGCCCGGUGGAUGACACGGAUGAUGCAAGGCAAGGAUAGAAACACUGAGAAGUGUGGGCUGGAUGGGAAGUUACUGCAAUACAAAGCUGGUGUGUCGUCUUUUGUUUUGUUUUUCUUUCCAACUUUGCCAAAAGUAAAAAUGAUUCUGUAGAAACUGGGGGUGGGAACAAAGCCAUCUCACCCUGCAGUGGUUCUUUUCUAUCCUACAGCUGGACAGACAAGUCGCUCCCUAAAUAUUUCCAAAUGUUUUUGUAUGAUACCUAUGUUGUAAAUAGAAGACUUUCCUGUUGUAGUGCGGUUUCAUCCUGACUGUUACAGCUGUCAUCCUUGUUUGUAAUGCUUAUCUUCAGUUCUUAACAAGACUGUUCAGCAUAACUCCCUACCUUUGAAAUAGUGGCCAGUUUUAAGCAGCUGUUGGAUUCAAUCUUUUCCUGUUUGAACCCCAAUGGAGACUUGGUUUCUUCCAAUUAAAAGCGCACUCUCUAUCUUCUGUUUCCUGUAUUUAUUUCCAUCCCUGUAAACGUUUGAAAUAAAAACAAUUCCCAGUUAAUUUGUGGUGCA